GGCCGCGACCGUGUGGUUUAGAUGCUGCUUGCCGGACCUGCGGCCCCCGGGAAGCCUGCGCCGAUCACUGUGCCCCUGUUUUUCCUCCGAGUUCCUGUGACUUUCCUUGUGCUGCCCGCUCGUUGGCGCGGUGUACCUGUGGCGGCAGCUGUGGUCUGGAGACAGAUUCGUGUCCCCCGCCCUGCUCGCCCUUCUCUGAGGGAUGGGACCUAGGCACUGCCCCUCCCCGUGCCCUCAUCACUCAAAGGGAGUGGGAGUGAGUGGGAGGAAGUAACAGGAAGACCAUCUGACGUCAGCCCUUUAUGGGUGGAAGUUUCUUCUCCGUCUCCUCGUGUCUGGGACGGUUCUAUUUUGCGUAAGAACCCGCAGCACGAGUCACUGAAGGAGAGAAAUUGGACGUUCCUGUUGGCUCCAUAAGUACCUAUGGAUUAUGGCAGGGAAAGUGAAAUGGGUCACUGAUAUCGAGAAGUCGGUGCUGAUAAAUAACUUUGAAAAGAGAGGAUGGGUCCAAGUGACAGAAAACGAGGACUGGAACUUCUACUGGAUGAGUGUGCAAACCAUCCGAAACGUUUUUAGUGUCGAAGCUGGCUAUCGGCUCUCGGACGAUCAAAUAGUCAACCAUUUUCCGAACCACUAUGAACUGACCCGGAAGGAUCUGAUGGUGAAGAAUAUUAAAAGAUACAGGAAGGAGCUGGAGAAAGAAGGGAGUCCUCUGGCAGAAAAAGAUGAAAACGGGAAAUACCUCUACCUGGACUUUGUUCCGGUCACCUACAUGCUGCCCGCGGACUACAACCUGUUCGUGGAGGAGUUCAGGAAAAGCCCCUCCAGCACCUGGAUCAUGAAACCUUGUGGCAAAGCCCAGGGAAAGGGCAUCUUUUUGAUCAACAAGCUCUCGCAGAUCAAAAAGUGGUCCCGGGACAGCAAAACAUCUUCGUUUGUGACCCAGUCCACCAAGGAGGCCUACGUGAUCUCCCUGUACAUUAACAACCCGCUGCUGAUCGGCGGGAGGAAGUUUGACCUGCGCUUGUACGUGCUGGUGUCUACGUACCGCCCACUGCGCUGUUACAUGUAUAAACUUGGAUUCUGCCGCUUCUGCACGGUGAAGUACACCCCGAGCACCAGCGAGCUGGACAACAUGUUUGUUCAUCUCACCAACGUCGCCAUCCAGAAGCACGGGACUCUUCUGUUUGGAUCUUGCUUGAUUGGAGGCCUUGAGUAUCCUGGUCCUUUUUGUAUAAUUGGAGUGGAAAGAGGGGUGCAUUGCCUGGGGCCCCGUGUCCUUUCCCGUCGCCAGGAGGACUACAACCACAUCCACGGGGGCAAGUGGACGGUGAACAACCUGCGGCUGUACCUGGAGAGCACCCGAGGCAAGGAGGUGACCGGCAAGCUGUUCGACGAGAUCCACUGGAUCAUCGUGCAGUCGCUGAAGGCCGUGGCGCCGGUGAUGAACAACGACAAACACUGCUUCGAGUGCUAUGGCUAUGACAUCAUCAUCGACGACAAGCUGAAGCCCUGGCUGAUUGAGGUGAACGCGUCCCCGUCUCUCACCUCCAGCACCGCCAACGACCGAAUCCUUAAGUAUAACCUGAUCAAUGACACCCUCAAUAUCGCAGUCCCUAAUGGCGAGAUUCCAGACUGUAAAUGGAACAAAUCACCCCCGAAGGAAGUUCUUGGCAAUUACGAAAUUCUAUCAUGCACUUUCCUACACAGGCCUGGUGCGCGAAUGUUAAUGGAGAGGGGCAGCUAUGAUGAAGAGCUGGCGCAGGGCGACGGGGCUGACCGGGAGCUGAGAAGUCGCCAGGGCCAGUCGCUGGGGCCCAGAGGGGGCCGAUCGAGAGACUCGGGGAGAACCGUCCUCACAACCUGGAAGUGACCACCAGGAGGCGCAGAAGACCGCAGCCCGACCCUCCCAAAUGCUCCCCGCACCUGGGCCUAUUUUGAAAUUUCCUUUUUUCUAGAGCUUUUUUCCUUUCGUAAGCCCUGUAAAUAAAUAAAGGCACUUCUUUGAAAGGUUAA